ACACCCAGCCUCCAUGCGGCUCGACUCUACUUCCCCAUCUUCCGUCGGCCCGAGCCAUCCGGUCCUCCCUUCCUGCCCCUAGCCGAACUCCUCCGCUUUCCCCCAAAUCCGGCGAGAAUCUCGGCACGCCAUGACCUCCUCUUACCGGCCGGCCGCCACGAUGAGCCCGGAGGCGACGGCGCCAGUACCCAAGGUGGAGGCCGAGGCGGCGGCGACGGCGGCCCGAAACCCUAGCUCCCCCAGCGGCCCGCCGUCGCCGGAGAUGGAGGCCACGGCGGAGGCGCUCACGCGGGAGGAGGUGCUACGCCGGAGGCGCCGACGCACGGCGCGGCUCGUUGGUGUGUACCGCCGGCUGUACUGGGCGAUGGCAGAGGAGGUGCGCGCGCGGCACCGCCAGUACGUCUGGGAGCUCGGCCGCAGUCCGCUCGAGGCCGAGCAGCCCCCGUCGGCCGCGUGCUCGGAGGCGAAGCCUGGGCCGGCGGCGGUGCCGAGGAGGAAGAAGUGUGGGUUCACGGGCUGCAAGGUGCGGGCGAUGCCGAUGGCCAAGUACUGCCACUCCCACAUCCUCUCCGAUCCCAAUCAGGCCCUGUACAAGGGAUGCGGUCAAAUCAUCAAGAGUGGUGCACAGAUUGGGCAAAUUACUUGCAGCAGGCCCAUCCUAAAAGCUUCAGUUCCCUCCCUCUGCAAUGUUCAUUUGCAAAGAUCUCAGAAGAACAUAUCACAGGCUUAUAAGAAAGUUGGCUUUAAUCCACCCCCUAUUGGCCAGAUCUCCCCAGAUUUUAGUGUCUUAGUUGCCGAAUGUGUCCGUCAGAUCCAGGCCAGGAGGAGAGAAUCCCGAAGUGUUGUAGCAGGGAAGAAAUGCCCCAAAGAUGGGAAAGUUGGCUGAGCUAUACCCUGAGAUCUCAUUUGUUACAUAAACUGUAGGAAAAUGUCAGGCAUCCUGAGGUUUACCGAGUGUUGAUAACUAACCCUGCGGGUUACUGCACUCUUCCUUGAAAGAUAUGGAAUAUUGAAAAUAUAUGUGGCGUGCAGCUGUGCAUGACUGGAUGACAACAUGACCCUGAUGGUUGUCAGUUACAGCAAAUUUCAUAUGAAGAGUUUAUCCAACGAGCUAGUGGUGGAGUGUCAAGUAUCAAGGUUGAGGGUUCGCAAAAUGCACACAUGUCAGGAGAGCAUUUAUGUAUCAAAAUGCUUCUGAUGACUUCCUGAACAUGCUGCAGGAUUGCCAUGGUUAAUUUUAUUCAUCUUCUGAUGGUAAUUUAUCCUAAAUGAAGGCCUGAGUUAGAUUUACUGGGUCGGUUCAUUGCCAACUGCCGAUUUUGAAGAACAUGGUGAGUUGUGAAGCGUGUUCAGGUUUCACAUCCUGAAUUGGUUUUAAACUGAGUACCUCUUUUGAAGUAAAUAAUACUCCCUCCGUUCCUUGAUAUAAGGUGUAUAGAUUUUGUAGAAAAAGUUCGAAAUAUAAGGUGUCUUGCGUUGUACCACUCGUUUGAAUAUUUUUUUUAGGGAUUUGAUUACAUUUACUUAUAUUAGGCAAACUCCUCUAUUUUCUCAUGUCAAUUAGUCAGGUGUAAUCUCGCCCAAAACUUGUGAAAUUUUCACUCCACGUGCGUUCUUUAAUUUUCGUGCCAAAAACUAUACACCCUAUAUUUAGGAACGGAGGGAGUAUGCUUUUUUCAGCUUGGUAAUGUAUACUGUGUGAUGGCUGUCCUGUUAUUCAGCUUGGUGUUUCUUUAGAUAUGUUAUUGGAAAAUGUCCACCUUGUGAAGUAUACACCGUUCCUAUUUUUCCAGAUGAAAUCUUCAACCUUGUUUACGGCACAUACUUCUCCAGAAAGGAUUGAGAUUGUUGCUUUGUGCCAAGGAUGCUAUGGAGACAGUGGUUUUGUGCCAAUCCUGAAGGAGCCAUUCAAAUAAGGUACUAUGAGGAGGGAAUAGCAUGUACAUGUUGAUGUUUAUGACAUGGAUGAGGAGAGGGCAUGUACAUGUUGAUGUUUAUUUUUGCCUGAUUUAGUUGGAAUGGUUGCAUUGUACGGAAGAUGUCCACAGAGGACCCUGCAAGCAGUAUGAGAUGUUGCUGCAUUGCUGAUAUUGAUGCAAGGGAGGAGCCAUACAUACAAAGGAUAGUUGCCUGGUACUGCAAUCAAAUUUAGCAUCUUCGUUGCAUGAAUAGUUACUUAUGAAUUAAUGGAUGUUGUGGUACCAGCAACACAUGGAUGUGCAUGCUUAAGCUUAUAUCAAACUAGUGGACCUGUUGCGCCAAAUGGCGCAGAGGCACGCUAAAGCCAUGUCCGCGAUGAAAAAAGUUCCAUGGUUUAAUCCCCUCUAAUAGGAAACAGUGGAAUGUUGUGUAUAAUGAUAUGAAUAUACACGGCUUAACUUAA